AUGGACCGAUACAAACGAGACCGUCAACCUAAGCGACCUUACGAUAAGAGGAACGUGGAAUACAAACGUAACAACAAUCGACGUCCACCACCACCGUUACCACGUCAUUCUUCACCAACAAGCGAUCGAACAAUGGCAGACAGCCAUCAUGAGUCAACAGCUCCUCCAAAGUCGCCGCCACGCUCUCCCUCACCACCACCUCUACCACCUUCACCACCCCCACAAUCAGCUGCAACAGCAGAAGAAGCACCUUUACCAAGUGAACGCUCAGCCGAUGAUAUUGUGAUCUCUCUUGAAGCUGAUGAAGAAGAAGAGGAAGCCAUCUUUGGUGAAUCAGAUCCUCAUCGACAGGAAAAGGAACGCCAAGUAAAUGAUGUUGAGUCAUCAACAAAGCAACAGGACAUGUUACGUGAACAAGAACUCAAGCAUCAGCGACGUUUGGAUGAAUUAAAGGAGCAGCAAGAAAGGCGUGUGCGUGAAAAGGAAAGGAUGGAAAGAGAGCAACAACCACCACCACAGCAGUACAAACGGCCCAGAAUGGAUAAUGAUCGUCGUAUGUCAGAGCAGCGUGCUAGGUCAAGACCACCAGUGAGUAGUAGCAACAAUAUCAGAGUUGGAGGAGGAGGAACAGGAAGAGGUAGAGGAAGGGAUCAAGAACAACGUCCUACACAACGUUCAACAUCUCCACCACCACGACCACCACCACCAGCAUCAUCAUCAUCAGAAGCAGCAGUAGCACCACCUUCAGCACCUUCAGCACCAAGAAGAUUCUCAAGAGAUAAUCACCAUGGAUACAGCCGGCAUAAGGAUCAUCAACCAUUACCACCACAACAAGCCAUUGUGCCACGUAGCGGUAGCAAUCGGGAACCAUUGAAUUAUCGACAUCGCUCACCUACUCCACCUCCUCGUUUUCCAGAAUCAGCAUCAUCAUCAUCAUGGCAGAAUCGUUCUCGCAGGGUUAUUCAAGGAGAUACACGACGUCGUAGUAUUAGUAGAGAGCGACAACCUUAUCCAAAACAAGCAGAGCGAAGAGAUUGGCCCAAAAAUCGACAACGUGCACGAUCACCUUUACCACCCUUACCACCUCUUUCUCGGCCACGUGAUAUGCCUUUGCCACCACCACCACCACCACCAAGACGACAGCAUCAUCAUCAUCUUAAUGGGUAUCACCAUGAUUAUCCACCUGACAGCUAUUAUGAUCGACCUCGUCAACAAGCUGGCUAUGAUCAUCCACCACGUACCAAUGGAUAUAACCACCACCAUCAUCAUCAUCAUCCACCGCCACCUAUGCCACCAUCACCACCACGCCAAUAUCCACCCUUACGUCGGCCCGAUGAAAGACGCCUUGUGGAUAGACCACCUCCUCGACGUUUAGAACGGGGUCGUAAUGGCCCAUACAGACCUAUGUAUCGUCGAGAUGGAGAUUUUCGCUGA